AUGUCGUCCUCACGGCCCAACGGCGGCGACUCGCGCUCGUCUUCACCUCGUGCCUCUCCUCCCUCCAGAAUCGACACUUCCGCCCGCCCCAAGCCACGACCCAAACUCGUCUCCUUUGGCCGCGACUCGCUCAUGGGUGGACGACCAGACACUGAAGGUCACACCCACGUCGAAUUCAUCCACGAGAACUCGCCCACCAUCAUUCCCCAAAGAAUGUCCUCCGAAAUCGACCCGCUCCUUAAGGAGAGCCUGUCGCCCGACGACGACGACGAUGACUGGAUGGGCGAACAACAGGUCGAGGAGACAAAGAGCAGUUGGUUCUUGUUCUUGCUCACCUUUGGAGGCCUCGGCCUGCAAAUAGGAUGGUCCGUAGAGACUUCCAACGGAUCGCCAUACUUACUAUCGCUCGGUCUGAGCAAGUCGAUGCUUGCUCUCGUGUGGAUUGCCGGCCCUCUCUCCGGAGUACUUGUCCAGCCGUAUGUCGGUCUCAAGAGUGACAACUGCCGUCUGCGCUGGGGAAAGCGGAGACCCUUCAUUAUCGGCGGUGCUGCUGCGACCAUUGUGUCCCUCAUGGUUCUCGCCUGGGCAAGGGAAAUCAUCGGAGGUUUCCUAGGCCUCUUCGGCGCUGACCCAGAGUCGUCUGGGGUCAAGACGUGCAUCAUGCUCUUCGCCGUCUUGUUCGUCUACGUGCUCGAUUUCGCUAUUAACGUCAUCCAAGCCGGUGUGCGAGCAUACAUCGUCGACGUGGCCCCUACCCAUCAGCAGGAGUCGGCCAAUGCAUGGCUGAUGCGCUCGGCUGGUAUUGGCAACAUCUUGGGUUACCUAGCUGGUUACAUCAAUCUCCCAGAUUACCUUCCAUGGCUCGGUGGCACACAGUUCAAGGUCCUCUGCGCUAUCGCCUCGUUUGUCAUGGCCCUCACCGUUGGCAUCAGUUGCUCAACCUGCGCGGAACGCGAUCCCCAAUUUGACACUGCACCGGCCGAGCAGCAGGAAGGUGUCAUGGCCUUCUUCAGGGGCCUCGCGCGCUCAGUCAAGAAACUCCCGCCCCAGAUCAAGAAGGUCUGCAUGGUGCAGUUCUUUGCUUGGAUUGGAUGGUUCCCAUUUCUCUUCUACAUCACUACCUAUGUUGGCGAAAUCUAUGCCGACCCCUACUUUGAGGAGAACCCCCACCUGCCAGAUGGCAAGAUUGACGAGAUCUUAGAGAGCGGUACCAGGAUUGGCACCAGAGCGCUUUUGGUAUUCGCUAUCACCACCUUCUUCUCCUCUGUCAUCCUGCCGUUCGUCAUCCCUCCGACGUUCCAAGCCCCAGAACCCGACCGUCCAAUAACCCCGGCAACGCCUAUGACACCGACAACCCCACAUUCCAUGGGUGGCUCUGGCUACUUUGCUCUAGGUCCGGCACGCAGGGAAAACCCAAACACAACUAUGGAGAAGAUCGCCAAAUCGUUGGAAACGUUGCAAGUCAAAUCGCUCACUCUUCGUCGAUCCUGGUUCAUCUCACACAUUCUCUUUGCCGUCCUCAUGGUCCUCACCUUCUUUGUUCGUAGUACGUUGGGAGCUACAGUUCUUGUCGGCGCCAUCGGUAUUCCUUGGUGUGUGACCAACUGGGCCCCGUUCGCCAUCAUCUCCUCUGAGAUCUCCAAGAGAGACGCCAUCCGUCGCGGUAUCAUCAAGCCUCGCGACCGCGAAUCUCAGCUCAUCGCCGAGGGAGAGGAUGACGGUUCUGGCGCCGAUUCUGCUGGUGUUGUGUUGGGUAUUCACAACGUCGCCAUUGCAGCGCCGCAGGUCAUCGCAACACUUGUCAGUGCCAUCAUGUUCAAGCUCCUACAAAAGCCUAGGGGCACGGCAGGUGACACGAGUGUAGCCUGGGUGCUGCGCUUUGGCGGUAUCUGCGCUCUGAUUGCUGCGUGGUUAACGCUGCAAGUGAACGAAGAGAAGGAGGAAGAGGAAGAGGAAGAGCCUUUCAGAAGGAGGCGGAUGUCUUAG